AUGGGGAUCAGGGCUUAUGAUCGUGGGCUGCUGCUGUCUGUCUUUAGAGGGCCUCAUUGGCUCAGUCUUCCUGGUCAGAUGGCCUCUUUAUCAGUUCAUCAGCUGGCUGCUCAGGGAGAAAUGUUGUAUCUGGCCACACGUAUUGAACAAGAAAAUGUAAUCAAUCAUAAGGAUGAAGAAGGAUUUACCCCUCUGAUGUGGGCUGCAGCUCAUGGGCAGAUAGCAGUAGUGGAAUUUCUCCUCCAGAAUGGUGCAGAUCCUCAGAUUUUGGGGAAAGGGCGAGAAAGUGCCCUCUCACUGGCUUGCAGUAAAGGAUACACAGAUAUUGUCAAAAUGCUGCUCGACUGUGGAGUUGACGUCAAUGAGUAUGACUGGAAUGGUGGCACACCUCUGCUAUACGCAGUACAUGGGAACCAUGUGAAAUGUGUAAAAAUUCUCCUUGAAAGUGGUGCUGAUCCAACUAUUGAAACAGAUGCUGCCUAUAAUUCCAUGGAUUUAGCUGUAGCCUUGGGCUAUCGGAGUGUUCAACAGGUUAUUGAGUCUCAUUUAUUAAGGCUGCUUCAAAAUAUAAAGGAAUAAUGGUUGGCUCUUCUGCAGGUGUCAGUUCUCGGCUUGGAGAUUUGAACUGCUUUUUAGCCUUGUAAUCAGUGGCCAGGGUUUGUUGUUUUGUAACUCUAUGUCAGUUUACUUGCUGUUUUUAGUUAAGCUUUUUGAUAUGCUUCCUCUUCUUUCAUUGUUGUUCAUAGAAAUAUGUGAUGUCAUACUUUUCUUAAAUACAUUUGAUAUAAUUUAAGAAGUCAGUUUUCGUGCAUGAAGAACUUUGUAAAUAAAACCAGUUUUGACUAUCUAA